AUGGGAAAGAGGGUUCCUGAGCUGGUGCAGAGUGCUCCCCUGCUUCCCCUCCCCCGUUUUGCAGAGACUUUCGGGGUGGGGGGUGGGUAUACCGGCUUCCCUCUCCGCAACAAAAUCCAUGCUGCACCCAAAACACUGCCUGGUGCUUCCCAUAGGCUGUUUUGGGGGUGGGGGGGGUUGGGUUAAAGGAGGUGAUGCGACUGCCACUCCCAUCAUCCCCAUCCAGCUCCCAGCUAAAUGGGGAUUGUAGUGUGUGGCCCGUUAGUCCGAGAAGGUUUGUCAAUUCCAUGUGUGGAGGUUUGCCACAAGGUUCUCCUUUAUUAUUAUUAUUUUUUAUUUUUAAAAUAAUGUCAUCUCUUCCCUCCAGUCCCCUCCCACUACUUUAGAUGCCUGGGAAGGGCAGAGCUUCUGAAUGGGAGAAUCACAUUUAGCAUCCUUUAAAAAAAACAGUCCUGGGGAAAACAUUUUACUUUAGGUUUUUAUUUAUUAAAUGUCAUAAGUCAAUUUUUCUCUCUGUGAGCAACUCCGUUCCCUGAUGGUUAAACAAAACUUAUUCCCUGAUUGACAACAUACUGAAUGCAUCCUGCUUCUGGACAUUAAAAAUCCUUAUGUAGAUGUUUUAUAACUGUUUACUCAAGCUUUUAAACCUUGUUACUUUAGGUAGAUUAGGUUUAAAAAGUGUUUAGGGUUGGUGCUAUAAUAAUAGGUUUUGUCCAUAAAAUGGCUUUUGGUUCUGUUUCAUUUUGCUGUUUCAAAGUAGCAUAUGAGACCAGAAAAAGGAUUGUUUGGUGAAGAUGUCAAGAGUGAUAUUUGUUAAAAGUAGAAAAUUGAUAUUAAGUUAUUAGCUUUGUAAGGACAAAGUUGUUCAUCUCUUUUUUGGACAAUUCUUAAAUUUCCUCUAGAGAGCAAGCUGCUGACUCCACAGUAAAUUACUUGGAAGAAUUCAGUGUUUUCUUUUUCCAAGUAAUUGUAUUAUGAUGACAAAGUCCCCCCCCCCCCUUAAAUGAAAAUACUGGUGAUUGAACCAGCUUUUUUUUUGCUUUUGUUUGCAGAACAUUUAAACCUGAGAGAAUUGGCUUUUUUUCUGGAAAAUAGCUUCACUUAAAAACUGUUGUGUCCCCAGACAGUGAUGCUUGAAACUUCAAUAGGAACAGUUAUUCAAGAAUUGGUUCUAGUAUUGUAUCCUAACUUCAGUCUGCUCAUUCAGGGGCUCUGGAGUAGGGGUGUGUUAAGGCCUUGCAUCUCCCAAGUGUACACUGGUGCAUACAUUCAAUGUGGUAGUUCAGAUUUUCAAAGCAUAGCAGCUCUUUUCUUGGUUUCAUUUGCAAAUUUUUAAUAAAUAGAUGUGUUCAUGUUAUAUUAUGUCAUGGUUAUUUGUUUGUUUUAAAUUGUAAAAGCCCCACACUUUGUUUUUAUGACUCUAGCCAGCUAACAACAAAUAGGUAUUCAGUAUUGUAAACAGGUUAAGUGUGUUCUGUGAAUACAUCUAGUGGAUAUUCCUGAGUCAAUGGGAAGAAAGAAACAUAAACGUUGCUAUUUCCCACUUUGUCUAUGUCAGCCCACCCCCCCAAAUGAUGCCCCCAAGAAUUUUUGGCUGUUAAUUUCAGCCAAGCAAUUAUACAAGGCAUCUGACAUAAGACAACUAAUCUAUCUGGAGGUUAUUUGUUAUUAUUAAUUUUGUUGGAAUACAGUUUUCCAAGUCUGGAGUGUAAUAUAAAAUGAAAUACAGGUAGUCCUCAGCUUAUGAUCACCUGUUCAGCAACCAUUCAAAAUUAUGGCACUGAAUGAGUGGUGGUUAGAAUUGGUCCUCAGGGUCCCUUCCCCCCCCCCCCCCGCCCCAGUUACAUGAUGGAAAUCUCUGUGUUUGGCAACUGACUACAGAACUCUGCAUGAUCAUAAUUUGUGAGCUUUCCUACUAGCUUUCCCAGAAAGUCAGUGGGGAAACCAGCAUUUUCCUAUUCUGUAAAUAAAAUGGCUUAUGUUAUUAUUCAACAGAACAAUCAUUAUUGGAAUAAUCACCGAUCUGAUGUGUGAUACCUUUAGUGAAUGGGAUGCCACUCCACAGAUAUUCCAUUAUGAGGAAAAGCUGAACUCCUUCAGAUUAUUCGGGAUGAAAUACUGUGUGGCUUAUAUAUAAAUCCUGGGGCUUCCAUUUUAUCCUCUGACUUACGUAUACUUCUUGUAUGGACAGACAUGGAAGCUGAAUCAACAAUACCAAUUUGGCAGAACAAACCCUAUGGUUCAUCUCGCAGUUUUGUGAGAAGAAUUGGAACGAGUCUUCCUUUAAAACCAUGUCCCAGAGCUUCCUUCCAGCCACUACCAGACAUUUCUGAUUUCUAUUUCAAUGACACCCCCCCUGUUCCCACUCUGGCAGAUGUUGCCUGGAUUGCCUCCGACGAUGAAGAAACAUAUGCCAGAGUCAGGACAGACACACGUCCACUCAAGCACAGAUGGAAACCAACUCCGUUCUUUGUUAUUCAGCGGAAUGCUUCGGUCCCAAAUCUGAGGAAACAAGAAGAAAAAUUGUUGGCUUUGCGGAAACCAUGUUUACCUGCCUUGAGUCGAACCACAGAACUCCAGGAAGAAUUGAGUCAUCUGCGGAGUCAGAUUGCUAAAAUUGUUUCUGGAGAUUCAGCUUCCUCUUCAUUAACGCCAGAAUUGUUAUCUCCAGGAAGUUCAAACGUGUCUUCUCCCUUGCCCUGCUUUGGACCUUCAUUCCAGUCUACAACUUCCUUUGUCAUUAGUGAUAUCACAGAAGAAGAGGCUGACUUAGAAAAUCCAGAACUUCCAUCUGUUUCCAUGCUUUGUUCUACAACUUCUGAAUGUUACAAACCCGACCCGAAAGAUUCGGAUGACGACGAUGACACCGUGUCUCUCUCAAAGGCCAGUAGUUUUGCGGAUAUGAUGGGCAUUCUGAAAGACAUUCAUCGAAUGAAACAGAACAAAGACUCGAACAGAAGUUUACUGAAAGAAGAGGAUCCUGCGAUUCUUAUAGCAGAAGUUUUAAGAAGGAAAUUUGCUUUGAAAGAUGAAGAUGUCUCAAUUAUUCCCUCUUGUUCUUCUGUGGCAUUGAAAGAAGCAACCAAACCAAGAACUGCUAUCUAAAGAAAAAAAAAAGACUGGGGGGGGGGGAAGAAACCCCUUCAAAUGUUGCUGCUUUGCUCCAUUACCUCCUCCUCCCCCCCCCCCGCCCCCCAGUUUUUGAAGUUGUGAAGAAGAAAUAGUGGAACAGGAGUCGUUAACACAUCCUCCACACCUUUUAGCAGUAUUAAUGCAGCGGAAAGACAAAAGUUUUUUGGAUGACAUGUGUGUGUUUUGUAUGUCUUUGCAGUGAAGAGUGCAAUGGAAUAGCAAAUAAUAAAUCCUCUUAUACAGAGCUUGGCAAAUG